GGUUGCCCCAGUGAUUACAAAUGCUUUCCAACUGUAACAUAUGUCACGUGGGUGAAAAGUUAUAGCGAUUUGAAAUACUUAUUGAAGGACUGGUUUUCUUGAGAGGCAUAGGCGAUGAAAACGAUGCGUGUACUUCUUUCCAUGUUUUUGUAUUUGCUAUUCCAAUGCAGUAGGCAGCUGAUAUAGACUUGUUACAAAUUGGACGGAUUAUAGAUUAUCUGCAUUUAUUAUUUGUCAUUAAGAUAUGUGCAAGAAGUGAUCACUAAAGAAUCGCUUAAAGUUAAGGACAAACUGCACUAAACAUGACUCAGAGGAUCCUGACUGCUUUUGAUACCCUGGAUUUUUAUUCAAAGAAGAUAUUUGGUAAUCAUAGGAAGAAGCGACAGCUGGGUGACAUACCAUUCAAAAUUUCUUUGUGCACGCCAGUAUCAUCUGAUGGUGAAUCUGAGGUGAGCUUGCCCAGAUGUACCAUACUUCCACCUUCUUUACAUUCUUCAAAGGAGGAUCGCCCCUUCACUCCACGGCUUACAAGGUAUGAAAACCCCGAAUUUACAGUGGAAAGUGCAGUACCCAGACACAGUUGUAGUAAACAACUCAUAAGGCCAUUUUCAGCUUUUGAAAAGUCAUCAGGUCUUAAAGAGAAUGUUUGGGCUGCAGCAGAUGCCAAACUUUCAGCUGCACAGAAGUCUAAAAAAUUACUCGCCUCCCCAAGAUGUAGAAGUGCCAGUUCCAGAAGAACCAAAUGGAUCACAGAGGUUGAAAAAGUGAGUCACUUCAUUCCAUCAUGGGAAGAGAAUAGCCGUGCUCACAUUGGUGCUGCCCUUGAAUAUUCUGACUCCUCACACUGGUGCACUUUCACAGAUGCUAGCAUAAGAAGAAAUGCCUUUGCAGAUGGAAAGGAAGAUGAAUGCAUCACUGAUAAAGUAGUAGAGAAGGAGGAGGUUCAACAUUUGCAAAGUGGAAAAAAAAUCCAUGUUGGCAGAAAUGAUCAACAACAGAAGACGCCAAACUCAAAAAAUGGAAAGAAAGAAUCUACUUUAUCUGGAGAAACUGCAGCUAGAUCUGAAGAAGUACAAGAUCUAAAAGAGGAUUAUUCUAUCAGUACUCUUAAAUCAAAAGACAACCCGAAGCUUGUGCCACUAAGCAUAGAAGAACAACUGGAAAGACCUGACAUCAAAAUACUUAUUCCAAAAACACAAAAGACCGAAUAUUCUAGUCUGGCUUUAAGCGAAACAUAUCCUGUUACCUUUUAUGAUGACAACAGUAAGCAUAAGCUUCUCCUAAAACCAUGGACUGAAUCCUAUCAGCACUUAAAGCAGUCAAGUAACUGCUUAGAAAGAACAAUAAGACAAGAAACUGAGAGAUAUGCAACCAGAAGUGUACUAGAAGAUGAUACCUCUAGUAAUACUAAAUAUGUGGUUGAAAAUACACAUAAAGAGUAUGUAAGAGAAUUCAACAAAAAUAAAACUCAAAAAAGAAAAUCUCCUGGAAAACAGAAAAUGAGCAUUCACGUUUUGUUUGCUGAUGGGUCAAGACAGCCAUUGCAACUUGAAGAGUUUAGAAACAAAUCAGUAAAUAAAUCAGCUGAUAGCACAUUUGAAAAUGCAAUACCUGUAAACAAAAUCUUUUUGAGGGCCCUGUCUUCUUAUAGAAUAAAAAGUACAGGGUUUCCUGAUAAUCGGCCUGCUACCACUGGAAUUAACCUGAGUGUAGGUGCAGACUAUGACACAUUCUCUAAUGGCAUGAGAUCAAAACGUGCUAUGUCCAAAGCACGUCAUCAUACUGGCUGCCAUAUUACCUUGCCGUCUUCUUCAACACAUCAAGUUCAGAAAAACAUUUCAGAACAAGACUCACAAAGAAAUUAUAUACCUAUAGCAAAGCCCAUUAAGCUCCAAGAAAGUGAAAAAAGCCUGUACUCAAACAAAAAUUAUACUACACUAUGUAAUACAACAGAAAAUCAAGUUUUAGUAUGUCAGAAACAGGAUGAUUCUGUUAUUCUUAAUCCAGAAAAUAUUUCACUGUUAGAAGUUCAAGAAAGAAGGACACCAGAUACCUCUGCACACUUAAGUGAUAAGUCACCCUCUAAUACUAAUAUACAUACCCAUCUCUCAGAGUCUGAUGAAGUAGCAGAUAAAUACAGUUUACACCUUACUUCACUUUCAGUGAAAGAUGGGCCAAGUUCAUCAUUUGCAGAAACAAGCAGCCAGCCUAGUUCUCCACUCAGUGAACUGCAAAGCAAAGUACUGGAGUCAGAAACAUCCUAUAGAAAUGACUGGCCAAAUGAAGUCAGUUGCCUCCAAAAUCCAGCCCCAGCAUUCACACCUUCUCAUGAAAAUGUGCGACCAGUUAUUAACAUACCAACAGCUUCUUUUGAUCCACUUAGCUUUGCAGAUAUAGAAGAGUAGUAUCUCCAGUAUUUUAUGAUGGAGAACAAGAGAGUAUUGUGUUAAAAGGGAAGAGGCAUUUGUUGAUGUCAAGAAAAAUUCAAUAAAUGUGUACAGUUCCACAACUGCAUUAUUAAAGUCCACCAGCAAACUGGAUUGCAUGAAAAUUCUAGCAUUUCUGUUGGUAAAAUUAUCUUAAUUGUGGUUCAUAAAAGCAAAUCAAGCAGAUGUUCUUAUUGUAACCUCUCAGAAAUUGUAAACCCUCAGAAGAUGUUACAGGACUUGUGCAGUUCAGUACUUCCCAUAUUUUGUGCCAUGUAUUACUUGGUCGUAUUUUUACAGAUAUGACUUCAACAUAAUGCCUUAUUUUUAGAAUAUGUUGCCAAGAGAGAUUGACAAGGAAAAUAGUUGAAAGAAGCAGUAUAAUUAGAAAGCCAACAGAAACCAGUUCAGAAAAAAAAGUUGCAAAUGAAUCAUUCUAAGUACAUGUCUAUGACAUAAUUCUGAAUCAAGAUUGUACUUUUCCUAAUUAAGUAAUUGAUCAAUUUUGCAUGGCUAUGAAACAGAAAAAAAUAAAUUACUUUUGCAACUGCAUCAUAAAACAAUUGAACCAUAUUUUCUUAUGUAAAGUGUGGUAAAGAAAAGUGCCACACAUAUAUUUGCUUGACUUGAGCAGCAGAUAUCGCAUUAUAUUGUAAGUGUGAUCUAUAUUAUGUUGUAGCUUUAAAAAUCAGAUACUGACAUUAGAACCUUUUCCAUUUAAGUAAUUAUUUUAUGUUCCAUUUCUGAAUCA